AUGGUUACGAGUUUCGUAAUGUAACAGUAAGCAGCUGUAGUAGCGCACCUGUCAGUAUUGUCUAAAAACAACAUUCAUACAAUCGACUGUCAAAAAGUUUACAAAUAAAUUCACAAUGUUGAAACGAGCGAGAAAUAAUAGUGAAGAUAUAAUAGAAGAAAUUAAUACUGGAAGUGCGGGUUUGAGUGGUAAAUUUGGUGGAAUUGGUAGCAAAAUGGAGAAAAUAUUUCGCGCUGCUUUUCGUAAAGAUUUGAGUCAGUCAACACAAGAGUUAAAUGAAGAAGUUGACAAUAAUUCGCUGCAAUUAAAUGAUGAAAGUAAUAAAAGAGAAGUAAUUAAUAAAAAAAAAUUAAUACGUGGUAAAAUGAAACGUGCUAAAGCUCUAGGUAGUUCUGAUUGGUCUCCAGAUGUUGAUUUUGGGUCAAAAAAAAAUCUCGUUAACGAAAAAGGGAUGGAAGAUGAUGAAAUUCAAGAGAUUAUUGAUAAAAAUGAGAAUAGUGAAAAUAAUAUGGAUAAAAGUGCCAGAAAAUCACGUAAAUUAAAAAGAUCUGAGCGUGUACGUUCUAAUGACGUAGAAUCGAAGCCCGAUAUCGUCGUGGUAGAUAUACAUCGCGAGAAUUUAAGCAAGUCACCUAAAGAAAUUGAAGAAACUGUUAUCGAAACAAUGGCUUUUAAGGAUGGUGAAACGGAACCGGACAUAACUUAUCAUUCUAAUAGUAGUCAAAAGCCAUUAGACAAGAUGACACAAGAGAGCUUGGUUGAUUCAGUGAAGAAGCAACGAAAGCGUUGGUCUAAAGAUGCUAACAUUGUUAUUCCUCGAAAAGAAUCAGUGUCUUCAUCUAGUGUCUCAGAAAGAAGUAAUUCUUGGGUCGAUAAGUCAAGAACAAAAAAACCUGUUCCAGCCCCACGGCUUAAUAAAUUUAUCAACGAAGAGAAUAUCGAACGUGAUGAUGAAUUAGGAGAAAAUAAUGGAGGAUUUGAAUCGGAUCAUGAUUACGUAGAUCAAGUUCUGGUUGUUGAAACAGAAUUUGGGACAGUAGAAAAUACUAAAAUUGAAAUCAAACCGGCGGAAAAUAAAUGUGAAGAAUUUGAAAGUAAGCCAGUUAUGAAAUCUGUUGAGAGACUUACUAAUGUAUCAGAUAUUGAAAAAAUUAAUCAAGAGACAUUUUUACCCAAACAAAAAGUAUCCGAUCGAGAGCGUGAUUCUGAAAGUCACAAAAAAAGUUCUAAGAGUUCCUCGCGAGAAAAGAAGAAACGUGUAAAACAUUCCAGACGAAAAAAUCUAUCGACUGGUGAAGAUUCGACAAGUUCAGAUAUUCCGAAAAUUCCUGAAGUUUUAGUUUCUUCGAAAGAAGAUGAUAAGUUAAAAAAAAUAAAGGAACAUGCGAAAUCUAAAUUAAAGUCAUCUUCAAGUAGAUCGCAAUCUGGAACAAUUAGUUCUCAAUCCAUUGAUGUUAAAUCUCCGCAACGUAAAAACAGGAAGACUAGAAAGAAAAAAGAAGAAAUAAAACGUGAAAUUAAGUAUAUUUCAGUUACUAUUCACAGAGCAGACAUGCUGAUAGCUGAUUAUGUAACUAAACAUCCGAUGGUAAUUGUUCAUGUUGUGGAAGAAAGUACGGGGAGUUAUUUAAAGACAAGCAAAGAUUCCAAGAGCUAUUUACAACCGCUGAUAACCGGGACAUUUGACUUUCGAGAAAAUAAAUCUAUGGUACCGUCCUGGGAAGAAGAAUUAGUUUUUGAGUAUGAUUUUGAUGAUAUUGUUAAUCAGGAUAAUCAUCAAACAUUAAUUCUCUUUGAAAUCGUUGAUCUUCCAAGCUUUGCUGAGGCUUCGUAUACAUACGAUCAUUUUGGUGGUGAAAACUGUUGGUAUAAAAUAGCUUGGGCAUUUUUAAAACCAGUAGGGGCAAAUGGUGUCACUCAUAUUGACAAAUUUGUACGACUCCAGUUAUAUAAACCAAAGAGGAAUUCACGAAGGUCUAUCAGACAUCGAUGUGAGCCUUACAGUUGGUGGAAAUCCGGUUCUCGCGAUAAGUAUCCCAGUACUUUAUUUGUAACUAUUACUUCAGUAGAACCACCAAAACUGGAGCCGGUUUUUUAUGGUCAGUUGACGCUUGAUGAGUUCUCUGAUGAACAAACGGAACCACCAAAGUCGGCUGUAAAUACGGAAAUCGUUAAUAUUUCAAGGUGGAGUCGUCUAGCAGCUCAAUCAUGCAAAAUACCAAAUGAAUUACUUUUAAAAACAGAGGUCAGCGACAAUGGAUGUUUUUACGUUUGCUUCAGCAAUAAUGGCAAGUACUUGGCAUGCGUUAAUUGUGAAGAGUACGAUUAUCCGAUAACAGUGUGGAAAAUCGAUGAUGAAAAAAUAUUUGUCAAAUUUUCUGGUCACAAAAGUUUCAUUUAUGCACUUGAUUGGUCUCAAACGGACAACUAUUUGCUGUCAGUUUCGUCAGAUCGAACAGCGAGAGUGUGGGACGUUGAAAAUAAAUUAAUCAACGAAAUAAAUAUGCUACCUCAUCCGUCGUAUGUCUAUUGUGGUAAAUUUCAACCGUCUAAACAUCAAAUAAUUAUAACAGGUUGUUAUGAUCACGUAGCCAGAGUUUGGUCACGUAAAAAAAAUAAUAAUAAUUACGAGUUAAUACAAGAACUUGAGACACAUGAUGGUUUUGUCAAUGAUAUUUGCUUUUUAAAUGACGGUGAUCUUCUGACAGCUGACAGUGUUGGUAUUGUUAUUCAUUGGACCUUGAAAAUUAAGAAAGGAGGCUUCAGAGAUUGGAAAAUCUCGCGUAAAAUAAAAAUACGUGAAAUAGAAAAUGUUGUCAUUAAUACUAUUGUAUUACAUCCAUUGGGGUCUAGAUUAUUGGUACAUUCUCGUGAUAACGGUUUGAGAAUGAUUGAUUUGGCUACUGGUGUUGUCCUACAAAGAUAUUUAGGAUUAAAAAAUUCAAGAGUACAAAUAACAGCGAGAAUAUCUCCGUGUGGCAGUCUAAUUCUUUGUGGUGAUGAAGAUGCUUCAUUAAAUAUAUGGAAUACAGAUUCCGGCAAGCAUAUAGCUGUUUAUCAAACAAAUUUAGCAGACGGUGUUAUCACUGGUGUCGAUUAUCAUCCGUAUGAUCACGCUUUAGCGUAUUCAGUAUUUGGGUUUGCAACUGAAGCAUGUAUAUUACGUUUCAAUAAACAAUCAACUGGUGAAUCUGUUGGAUUAAAAUUACUAGACAUAGAUUAUCAACAAAACAAUCACGAUACGGAAAUAAAAUUAGUUGAUUCAAAUAGUAGAUUUACAGCACCAAGACUUUCACACAGAAAAUCUUAUGAUUCAAUGAAAUUAGAAAGCAAAGAAAAUUUUGGGAUUAUGAAUAAUGACAGCCGUGAAGAUUUACGUUCUAGAUUAAAGUUGUUCAACGACUCAGAACGACAAUUUAAAACACGCAGCACCAAUAGACUCAGCAGUAUAAUUGCUAAAAUUGAUAAAAUUCUUUCAAAUAGCCACAAUCAAAGUGCUACCACACGAACAUUGUACGAUAUCAAAGCCAACGGAAUACGAGGUUUGGAAGUAGACAGCCCCCAUUAUUUAGAUCAUCGCCAAGAGAAAGUGAUGCCUUAUGUCCCUCCGUUAUUUUCAACAUUAGAAGAUAAUUCGACCUCCGGUUCUAGAUCGGAGAUAUUUGAAAUGACUGAUUUAAAUAAUUCUAAUUUUAAUAUCUAUUCUCAUAAUAUUGAAAAAAACAUUAAAUGCAAAAGUUCAAGAAGUUACAAGCGUGCAUCGAUACCCAAUAAUGAAGAUGUUGAUAGUAAAACAAUGUCCGAUGGUGCAUAUUGUAAUCGUAGAAGAUUAAAAACUGUUUCUGAGAGAGUAUUAACUGGAUCUUGGGCUAAUAUUCGUGUCAAGGAUUUAAAAGAAACCAGGAAUAGAGGAGAUAGAGGUAAAUUUAGAGAUAGUCAUGAUCUAGAGUUAGGUCAAGGUGAUUUUAGAGAUGAACGACACGAAAGUAGUCCAGAAAGUGGAGGGACUUAUGUUCUUGAUAAGCAUGAUGAUGUUCAUAUUGAAAGUGAAAGCUCUGUGAGAAGUGAUGUUACUUUUGUUAUUGAAAGUGAAAAACCGGUACCUAAACCAAGGAAAAAAUCUGCUCAACAGCUAAAUGUGUAAAUAUCUACAAGUUCAACUUUAUUUUAUAAGUUUGUUAUACUUUUGUUACUGAAAUUUGAAUAAAUAUUAAUUUUUAUUAA